AUGAAGACGGCAGCACUCAUUCUGGCAGCUGCAGUUACUCUGCGGUCGAUGGCUACAGGAAUACGUCUUCCGCCUUCCACAGGACAGGGUUCGGAUCUGGCUCAAUAUAUGUCGCGUCCAGACCUUCGCGCCCCGCUAUUGAGGUUAGAUACGUAUGAAGCCGACGCGAUCACGCCAGGAUACUGGUUCCUCUCCCCCUUCAAGCAUCUUGUGGUUGGGAGAAUGGAAGACAAAUACAUUCCAUACCAGAAUGGUCCCCAGAUCUACGAUCACCGAGGGGAACUCGUAUGGAGUGGCAGUCCCAUGUUCGAGUAUCGUAAUGUCUUUGAUUUCCGCAUUGGUGAGGUCAAUGGGUCACAGGUCUUGACCGCAAUAGUCGAUUCUGCACGCCUACUCGAAUCAAAUUACUCCAUGGGCCAGAGCGGGUUCAUCAUCAACGAGAAAUACCAGGUCGUCCAAGAAAUCACGCUUUCCAGGACUUACAAUAUGCACGAAUUCAACAGUGUCGGCAACAACCGAAUUCUCAUUGCCACCAGCGCCGAUGCAAAUGUCGACCUCACGGACAUGGGCUUGCCGAACCACACGAUCCGAGUUAAAUCAGGGGGAUUCCGGGAGUGGGACAUCACUACUGGGAGGAGCGUGUUUGAGUCAUGGGACGCCUUUCACCUUAAUUCAAUUACGAAAGAUUCGCACGGUGAUUAUCUCGUCUCACUUCGCCACACGAGCACCGUCUACAAAGUCUCUGGUACAGAUGGCUCUGUUAUCUGGCGCCUGGGGGGAAAGUACAGUAACUUCCAGCAAAAUUUCAACUUCUCUGGCCAGCACCAUGCUCGGAUUUUAACGGAGGACGAUACCGGAAUGACUAUUACCCUAUUCAACAACGCUGCCGACGACCGUGGAGCCCAAGAGGCCACCGCAAACGCCUCUUCUAUGCAGGUGAUCAGAGUUUAUGACAGUGAGGAGCCACCGCGUGCUGUGCUUUUGGCCCAGUACGUCCGGCCCGACGGCCAGUUGACCGACAAACGAGGCUCCGCUCAAAUCUUGGAGAGCGGAAAUGCCUUUAUCUGCUGGAGUGCCAAUGGGUAUAUCAGCGAGCACACCCCCGAUGGCCGCGUUGUGUUAGAAGCACGUUUCCUCAGCGAGCGUUUUUCCACGUAUCGCGCGUACCACGUCGCCGACUGGGUUGGACGCCCUACCGAACCACCAGCCUUGAUGGCGUACGCUCACGUCAGUGCCUCGUCUCAAGCACUUCCCUCGACCGUCCUGUAUGUGAGCUGGAACGGCGCCACCGAGGUAGCUUCUUGGACUUUCUAUGGUGCAUCCGGCAUUGACGAGAGCAACAAAACCUUCCACAAACUCGGCAGCGUCUCGAAAGUAACCUUCGAGAGCAGCAUGGCAGUUGAGGGAUAUUGGCGCCAUACCUACGCCGAGGGGUACGACGCACAUGGAAACCUCCUCGGCACGUCGGAAGUCAAGGCGACCAUCCUUCCUGAGCAGGCGGGAAGCCAAUUUGAGCGGUACGACAACGAGGGUGGGAUGCACUACCUCACCGCCAGUCUUUCUGCGGCAGAAGGCACGCUCACACUGCAAGCAUCGAAGCCGGUCGCCGGCUUCGCUACUUUUGUCUCCUUGGCCUGUGUUCUUUACACGGUCAUUUCGCUGUCAUUACGGGCUUGUGGGCGAUGCCGCCUACGGUCUGGUCGCAAUCCUUCCCGCGGACGGCAACAUCACGAAAAGACACUGAGCGAUGAUGAAACCCACGCUCUUUACACAUACCCAGACAACCGUUGGUUCGAAAACGAAGAGGAUAUGGAGAUGGACCACGAUUGUAACAGCAAAUUUCGAUGA